GCAGCCACUCUAGCCAGCCUCUAAGCUCUCUAUGACACUUUCGUUUUGCAUUCAGAAUUCCCUCACUUACUGCUUCCUGGUGCAGUGAGCGGACAGUACCUGAGCAGGACGAACUCUCUAUGACAGCGAGCGUCUCUCUUGCCAGUCAUCUCGCUGCUCCGGGCUGCCGGAAGUGAGUGUGACACGGAAUGGCGGAGAGUCCUGCGGCUGAAGCGAUCAUACUACCGGGAGCCGUAGGUGGUGUGGGGUUGGUGUCUCCUCUCAGCGGCCUGCAGACUCCUGGUACAUCGCACCUGGCCACUUCCUCGGUAUGGGACCCAACAGCCAGCACGGAUUGGGACAACGAGAGGGCGUCAACUCAGUGUGUGCUACGCAUUAAACGGUGGGGUCCUGCCUUAUCUCCCAGCAUUCAUACAUAAGGGCUCUAGAAAUGUGUGUAGGAUCGCCAGUAGUACUGGGCUACCUCUCGCUUGUACCCAACAGGCCUCUAACAACAUAGACCAAGAAUACUGGAGUGCCAAAAACACAACUUUAAAUUAUAGAACGAGGUUCAGUAAACAAACAUUUUAUGGGCAUAGAUAGAUAGAGAGCGAGCAUAAGAGGCCCAUAUAUCACCCUGCUAUAUAUAUAUAUAUAUAUAUAUAUAUAUUAUUGGCAGGGUGAUAUAUGGGCAUCUUAUGCUUUUUUCAUACUCUUAAAGGGUUAUUCAUUAAAGUGAGAAUUGUCGAGAAUUCAAAGUGAAUUUUAAAGUCAAAGUAGUCGAAAUGGAAGCAAAAAUUACUUGACACUUUUUACAGUUUGCCUAUAUUGACCUUUUAAAGUCCCCAAAACAACUUUAGCUUAAAGGACCACUCUAGGCACCCAGACCACUUCAGCUUAAUGAAGUGGUCUGGGUGCCUGGUCCAGCUAGGGUUAACUCAUUUUUUCAAACUGCUAUGUUUAUGAAUGGGUUAAGCCUUCCCCUAUUUCCUCUAGUGGCUGUCUCAUUGACAGCCGCUAGAGGCGCUUGCGUGAUUCUCACUGUGAAAAUCACAGUGAGAGCACGCAAGCGUCCAUAGGAAAGCAUUGAUAAUGCUUUCCUAUGUGACCGACUGAAUGCGCGCGCAGCUCUUGCCGCGCAUGCGCAUUCAGCCGCAUGGGAGGAGAAGAGGAGGAGAGCUCCCCGCCCGGCGCUGGAAAAAGGUAAGAUUUAACCCCUUCCAGAGCCGGGCGGGAGGGGGUCCCUGAGGGUGGGGGCACCCUCAGGGCACUAUAGUGCCAGGAAAACGAGUAUGUUUUCCUGGCACUAUAGUGGUCCUUUAAUGUAGCAGUUUUUGUGUUUACAUCGUUCCUCUUUAGUUUCAUUACUCAGUUCACUUUCAUUUAGGAGUUAAAUCUCUGUUUCUGUUUAUGCAGCCCUGGCACCACCUCCCCUGGCUGUGAUUGACACAGCCAGCAGGAAAACAGUAUUGAGCAGUGAGACUGCAUGAUCUAUAGACAAAAACAUAUUAAUUAAGCUAAAGUUGUUUUGGUGACUAUAGUAUCCCACUUUAUAAGAGUGCAGAUUUCUACUUGAAUCCGUACACUUUACAAAUGUGAAGUAUGUGACCCUCAGCAUAACCUUUUAUAGUUUAAUUUACACAACACAUGACUCAGAAUAAAUUAAUAUAAAUUAUAAAUCUUUUACAAUGUAUUAAUAAGGACAAAUAAAAAGUUCUUUAUAGCCUUCAUGACAUUAAUGCUGUGUAUGUCAGAUAGGGUGGUGAGUACCAUACUCUUUUCUUUGAUUCACAGUACAGUUCUAGUUUUACUUUGUAUUCUCUCUUUGCAGCAAUAAAUCAUUGUCUUGUGUUCUUUUUCAUCCUGUAGUGAUAUCAUGACUAUUUAUAAAGAACCUCCCCCAGGAAUGGUUGUGGUUCCAGAUCCUCAUGACAUGACAAAGGUAAAUAUGAUAGAUACCUGUAACUAUGUAAGAUGGAUGGGUGGCCUUGUGUGAUGGCAUUGAUGAAAAAAGUUAUUCAUAUUCUUAGUCGUGAAUGCUUUUACCAUUCAGAUAUAUAUACAGCUCAGGCCAUGCGCUAAAAGGUGUAUUGUUGAUAAUUUAAAGUGAAAUGCAAAUAUUCGUUCAAAUAGAUGAAUUACAAAAAUUAGUCAAAUCAGCCAUGUUUUCAGUUCGGCUGUUUUGGCCAGCAAUUUUAUGUCCUUUUGAAUUCCACAAAUAACUAAUAAUACUUAUAUUCUAUCGUGACAAUUUGAAUUUUCAGAACUCUAAUCUCCAUAUCAGUGAUAGUGACUGUAUGUCCUAAAGACAAUACAAGACCUAGUUAGACAAGUAAAUACAACACAUAAAUAGACAAGGAAAUGAUAACUUUAGCACUGAGCAUUAAAGUGACCCUGUAAUAAAAAUAUUUCACUUACCUGAAAUUGAUCCCAAUAUACAUUGAACAUUUUUUCUCGUGGGACCCUCCAAAGACAUCAGUGUUGUACUCUUAGGCAUGCAUGAGAGUACAGCAUUAAUGUGGGCUCCUAGCAGAUAAAGCGCCAGAAGCUAAAGACGAUCUCGCUGAAGUAGAUGGUGGCGGUCGCAAGGGACAGCUUGAGGUAAGUAAAACAUACCUUUCUCUGCACCCCAAAGCCAUCGCAAUUUACCAUUAGGGGUUUUUACUAAAUAUUGCAAAGACCCAAGAAAGCGACAAAGCCGCUUUAAAGAACCAAUCCGCACCGAUAAAACCCGCCACCCCUUGCAUUCUUACAGAAAUAAGAGCAGAAAAGCCUUCUUUCUGAAUGGUGUGCAGUGAGCACGCAUGGAGGGAUAGCUUUAGAUAUCUCGGUGAGAAGCAUUCGAUAGAUUAUUUUGACGUAAAGAAACUAAGUCUCUUUCAGGAAAAGAUAAGCACUUAUAAAGCGUGCAGUUCAGAAGAACUGUAGAUUUUGCUAACUCUUUUAAGGUAGAUUACCAAUGAAUGCACGCAUGUAUCCAUUUGGGUAUAUCUACUAAACUAAACUUUUUUUUUUUUUAAAAGCACCAUGGAGUUAAUUGAUGGUUAAUAUUUCUGUUUUAUUAUAUUAAGUUGUAAAUCAUAGUGAGUGUUGUCAAAGUCUUUAAUUUUCCCAUUUCUUUUAAAAGGAAGUUCAAGCUCUAAAACCACUCCAGCACAUUGUAAUAGUCAUGGUGCCAGGAGUGUGUUGGUGCCUCCCCCCAGGAGCUCUCUGUCUGAGUUAUGCCAGAGGUGUUCCUUAAAAGCAAAGUACUGUCUCUUUUUUUUUUUGUUUUGUUUUUUUAUGAUCCAUGAUCUUGGUACAUCUGUUGUGUUCUAUUUAAAAAUUUUCAUUGAAGUAUGACUUGUUGCGAGCAAUAUCAGUUUCUUACAUCAUAAUUGCUAAACUAAAAACAUAGUUGACUUGGAAAUAGUUUUUUGGUAAUUUGGCCUAAAAUUUCAUGGCACUAGCCAUUCUGUAAUACGUUGUAUAGUUCUAGUUAAGCCGUUUUAAGUGUGGUAGUUUAGUUCAUAUGGGACUAUCAUUGAUCAUUAGUGAGUCAGUAAGGCUCUUAUUUUGCAGAUUCAUGCUCUCAUCACAGGCCCAUUUGAUACGCCUUAUGAAGGAGGUUUCUUCUUGUUCCUGUUUCGGUGCCCUCCAGAUUACCCAAUCCACCCACCUAGAGUCAAACUGAUGACAACGGGAAACAACACCGUGAGAUUUAACCCUAAUUUCUACCGGAAUGGCAAAGUAUGCUUGAGUAUUCUAGGGUAAGUAUAAGCAACUUAAGUUUUUCAUUUUCACUAAUCUUUUACAUAAAUUUUAGUCCAUUACAGGUGGUCCUCAAUUUACGACCUACCUGUUUUAUGAAGGCUCGCACUUACGACUAGGGAUCGACCGAUAUUGAUUUUUUUUAUAACCGAUAAUCUGUUAACUUUCAGGCCGAUAACUUGCCGAUAUUCUGUGCAUUUACCUUUUGAAAAAAUAAAAUAUUUCUAAAGGUAAAUGGAUGCAGUGUGUUUAGACCAGUGGUAGUCAACCUUUUUCUACCUACCGCCCACUAAUGCAUCUUUCUUGAUGGAAACAUUUCCUUACCGCCCACCAGUUUUUGCGCAAGUGCAGAAUAUUUUUUAGAAAGGAGGGUUUUAAAAAAAUAAAAUAAAUAUACGUACAUUUAUCUUUUUAUUUUUACUUAAUGCAUGUUUAUAAUGUUUAUAAUGUUUUUAAGUUUAUAAAGUUUAAUGAGAAAACAAUAAAGUAAAUUGGAAUUACCUUUCCUAGUGAUUAAUGAUAUCCUUGAGGUUGAUGCUGCGAGACUAAAUACUUGAUAUCUGGUUCGAUUUUCGUAAGGAACAAACGAAGGUCUCCUCUUUCGGUGAUAUUCAGACGAUUUUUCUGUUUGCGCAUAAUAUGAUUUCUCAUCUGUGCGUCAGCUCCCCUUCUCUCCCUCCUCAAUUCUCCUCCCCACUUUUUUUAAACCUUACUUAUAGCAAUGCCCAGUAGGAAGGCUGAGCUAGGUAGCCCACUUACUAUUACUUACUAUAGCCCACUAUAGCAGACAGGCACACAUACAUACACACACAUACAGGCACACACAUACAUACAGACAAGGAAAACACAUAUAGACGCACACAGACAUGCACACAUACACACAUACACACACAUAAGACAUACAUACAAAGACAAGACACACAUACAUACAAAGACACAUACACACAAACAAACACACAUUAUAUUUAAGUCACACUCCUGUUUCCUAUCUUUAAGGUGCAGGAGGGUGACUUUCCCUGGGAUCCAGUGGUGGCUCAGAUGGAUGGGAGUCAGAGGGCUUCAUCCCGCGCGGGCUCUCAGUUAUAGCUGGGAGGAGUGACGUGCAGUCACUUCUUCCCUGCUCUGUGAUGUAAUCACAGGGGGCCCGGUCGCGCUGUUAAAGCGCCCAGCGAUGACCGGGCCCCCUUACAAUUCACAUCCAUUGGGUGGCGCUGACAGCCAAUAGACCCCUUGGACAGCGGCCCCGGCGGUUUGCCGCGCGGGCCGGGCCGCAAAUGGUGAUGGCGGUACAUGAUCGCAGGGGUACCGUCGGCUCACGCCCGCCCGCCCAAUCUCUCAAAAUGAGGAAAUCCUGAAACGCCCACUUGUGGGCGGUAGGGACCAGGUUGACAACCCAUGGUUUAGACAGUGGAGCUGUGUGUAUUUGUGUAGUAUGUGUGUGUAUAUAAUGAAUGCAGGGUGUGUUUGUGUAGUGUGUAUAGUUAAUGCAGUGACUGUUUGUGUAGUGUGUGUAUAUAAUGAAUGCAGAGUGUGUGUUUGUGUAGUGUGUGUAUAGUGAAUGUAGUGUCUGGUGUGUAAAGUGAAUGCAGUGUGCAUAAAGUGAGUGCUGUGUGUGUGUGUGUGUGUGUGUGUGUGUGUGUGUGUGUGUGCGCGCGCGCGCGUGUAUAGUGAAUGCAGUGUGUAGUGUGUGCAUUUUAUUAUAUAUAUUACAUUACAUUAUAUACACACUCUGCAUUAUAUACAGAGUGUGUAGUGUGUGUGUGUGUGUGUGUGUGUGUGUGUAUAAUGCAGAGUGUGUGUUUUCCUGAAGGUAUGUGAUUUGUGUAAAAUAGGGGGAGAGGGAGGGCAUUUUUUAUUUAAAUGUUUUAAUAUUUAUGUUUUUAUUUUAAUUUUUAAUCCCCCGUCCCUGCUUGUUACCUGGCCAGGGAGGGGGGAUAUGACAGUCCCUGGUGGUCCAGUGGCAUGUACUGAGCAUUCCUUGAAUCCCCACGCUAGAGAGCUGGUCCUAAGUAGGGAUCGACCGAUUAUCGGUUUUAAUCGGCCGAUAUUUGGUAUUUUCGGCAAUAUCGGUAUCGGCCAAUAUAGAUACCGAUAUUGCUGAUAAUACAUACCAGGACCGCCAGGCCCAUUACAAGCCCGGCGGUCCUGGGGGGGCCAGCAGCAAGCUGUGACUUACCUCCAAGCAGCUCCUCUAGCUACCCAGAGUAAAUCUCGUGAGACCCGUGGUCACAGAGCAUUGCCAUGGGUUACCAUGGCAACGCUCCACAUGGCACGCAGGCCGCGAGAUUUACACUGGGGAGCUGGAGGAGCUGCUUGGAGGUAAGUCACAGCUUGCUGCUGGCCCCCCCUAGGACUGCCGGGCUUGUAAUGGGCCCGGCGGUCCUGGUAUGUAUUAUGAGCAAUAUCGGUAUCUAUAUUGGCCGAUACCGAUAUUGCCGAAAAUACCAAAUAUCGGCCGAUUAAAACCGAUAAUCGGUCGAUCCCUACUUAGGACCAGCUCUCUAGCGUGGGGAUUCAAGGAAUUCCCCACGUUAGAGAGCUGGUCUAUAUUCGGGGAAUUCCCCUGAAUGUAGACCUGCUCUCUUGCACAUACUCGCUAGCGCACCUCACCGACCAAUUCAUUUUACGACUCGGUCGUAAGAACGGAACCUGGUCGGUAAGUGAGGAGUGUCUGUACAUUAGUAGUAUUACUAGUAGUAUUCUGUCCUUUUAAAUAGUACAGUUAAAGGCAAACUGUCACUUUCCAGGUUUUUGCCUAUAGUUAACAAAUAUGUAUGUGCCGUGAAAAAUAAAAUUAACUGUAGAAAUCCAUACCUCUCUAUCUGUUCACACUGUCUGUCAGACAAGAAAGCAUAUAGAGAAGAGGGGAAACUAUAUAAUGUUUCUAUUUCUUUGGCAGUUUUCCCCGGCCUUUUAUUUGUCUGAAUUAUGUAAUUUGCCAGAUGUGUAAAGCUGCACUGUAAAUUCCCCUCCUCCCACCUAAAAUGAAUACUUCAGAAAGAAAAAGUAUUUAUGAAAUAUAUUGACUUUGCUAGAAUUUCCCAGAAAUUCCAGUGCAGUCAACAGAUAUGCCAAGACAAAGUUGGAACUCCUUUGUCCUAGUAUUUUUCUACACUUGGCAAGCUUGACAAAAAGACAAAGUUACCUUUUGUUAAGCCUUGUAAAAGCGUCAGGAACUGAAGAUGACCUUCAGGAAGAGCAUGUCAGCAGCCGCAAGGGAGAGCUUCAGGUAAGUAUAAUUCACAUUCCCAUGAACCCUGCAGCAAAGUCACGAUUGGGGUGUCUUUCCAAAUGAUACAAAGUCACUUGAAGAUAAAUUUAAAAGAAAACUGAGCAUCUCAUGGAAAAUAAGGUUAACACAAGUUAUAGGGCAUUUUUGAUGUUUAAUUCAAUGGUGUAAAUAUUAGAGAAAUUACCAUUCCUCGUAAAUAUUUCUCAGGGUAUUUAUGUUGUAAUGUGAAAUAUUGGCAUUAGUUUAAAAGAACACUCUAUAAUCUAUUGUUAUAAAUACAUUCAUGUAUUUAUAGCAUUGGACAGUUAGUGCCUCUAGUAGCUUUGUGAUUUGAGUGGCACAAUCACUGACAAAUAUAAACAUUUGUUUCUCACUAACAGCAGUGCUUACAUUCAUCAUAGUGCUGAGACAGCAUCUAGGCACCAAAACCAUUACAAUAAGCUGUGGUUUUGGCACUUAAACUGUCCUUUUAAUAAUGAAACUCAGAUUUGUUAGCCUGAGAAACAUGGCUCAUUAGAUUUUUGGAAAAAGCCUAAAUAAAUGUGUCUAGCUCUUGGAAAUCAAUGUUUGGUUUUAUCAAUAAUUUAUUUCAUUCAAUUACUAGAACCUGGACUGGACCUGCUUGGAGUCCUGCUCAGAGUCUGUCUUCAGUGCUCAUCUCUAUUCAGUCCCUAAUGACAGAAAAUCCUUAUCACAAUGAGCCUGGAUUUGAGCAGGUAACAAAUUGGAAAAUUAUGAUAUACUUGCCUGUUGACUCUAGUGUAGAGACAGGUUAUCUAUUGUUCUUGAGUUGAAAUACAAAUCCAAUGAACCCCUGCCUACCAUUACACAAACUAGACUGUACUUUGCUGCAAGUAAAAAUGUUUUCCUUGAGCUUUAAUUUGAAACAAAGUGAGAACAAUUAAUUUCAUAUUUAAAGACAAAGUGUCUGCACUGAAAGCAUGGCUCGCUUAUUCUUUCUUUCAUUUUUUUUCUUCAGUUAAAGGAACACUAUAGGAUCAGGAACACAAACAUGUAUUCCUGACCCUAUAGUGUAAAAAAAUGCAAUCUAGCCCCCUUGCCCCCCUAAAUAUAGUAAUAUCUUACUUUUAUUCCAGCCUGUUGCUGCUGAUGGCUCUGCCCCUGAUCUGCCUGCUUGGCUGGCAUCAUCAGAAGUGUUGAUAAAAGCCAAUCACAAUGCUUUCCAAUAGGAAAGCAUUAGAUCGGCUAAUACUGUCAAGGAACAACCCUGGCCAAUCUUUACCUGUAUACGGAAAGUUUAGUGUCUCCAUGCAGAGGGUGCAGCACUGCCCCUGGAAGCACCCCUAGUAGCCAUAUGAUGAGUGGCUAGUGGAGAUAUCCCUAGGCUGUAAUGUAAACACUGCCUUUUCUCUGAAAUCACAGUGUUUACUACACAAAUCCUGAUGGGAAUGAUUAUGUUCACCAGAACAAAUACAAUGAGUUGUAGUUGUUCUGGUGACUAUAGUGUUCCUUUAAGUUAUUUUGCCCUUUAAUUUAGAAAUUUACUUUAAAUUCACACUUUAGUAAAUAACUGUUUGUUGUACUGAAAGGAAUAAGAAAUAAAAAAUGUACCAUUCUAGAAUGGUUCCCAUUGCUCUAGACUGUAUUUAUUUUAUUUCUUUUUCAAGGAACGACACACAGGAGACAGCAAGAAUUACAAUGAGUGCAUUCGACAUGAGACCAUUCGAGUGGCAGUCUGUGAUAUGCUUGAGGGAAAAUGUCAGUGUCCUGAUGCCUUACGGUAUGUAUAAAUGUACUGGAGGAAUUCUUGUGAACAUGUUUAAAAUAUUCCACAUUAGAAACUGAGUAAAUCUUAUUCGAAAGAUAUGUUAUCAGAAAUGCUCCUCUCUCCAAAAGGAAUAGCAACUAUUAUUUCACCAUUCAUUCGAUAAGUAAGCGGUUUUUUUAUUCUGCUUUUACAAUUUUAUUUAAAAAUAAUACAAUUGGAUUCAUGUCGAUACAAAGCUGUCAAAUCCCAUGGUACUGGUUACACUUGUCUGUAAAGAUUUAUAAAAGCUUUUUUAUCUGAGAGAAGGAGAAAAUGUGAAGGUGACAGUCCCUCUUUUUAAAGGAACUCUCCAGUCAACAUAACCACCACAGUUACGCCCACUCUCACCCCCUGCCAGUGUAGUCAAACCACUUAGUAAAUGUUUUUGAAUUCUUACCUGGUGUCUGUUGAUGGCCACUCCCAGCCUGCUCUUCAUCCUCCUCUCAGCCUAAAGCAGGGCAUUAUAAACUUAAAUACAGGAUAAGAGAAAGCGUUAGAGUAACGAUUUAGGCUAGGUUGUUCUAGGCAACUUAACUACUAAAGUGAACUGUAGAGGUAUGUGUCAUUUAAAGGGACACUAUGGGUACCAAUACAACACUAGGGUUAGGAAUACAAACCUGUAUUCCUAUCACCUAACUCUAUAGUGUCUCUGUUCCAUUUUCUAGAUCUCAAACCUUGUUGAUAAGUAAAGGGUCAAAAACCCUUUUCUAACUUCUUUUCCAUGCUGAGGGAGGCUAGGUUUCCUCCACCCACGAACAUAAUGUCCAACAUUGGUUAAUGGAGUAAAACUCCGCUAAGCACUGUAAGACAGCCACUAGAGGUGCAGUUAAUGUAAUCAGAAACUGCAUGUCUUUUAUUUUAUUUUUAUUUUAUUUUUAAUUUUUCCUUGUGCACAAUAUUACAGACAAGCUUGUAGCGCCACGACAGUGAGUACAAGCUAUUCAGUGGAAUACAAUAACAUGGCAGAGUUAUCAGCACAUUUAAUUUUUGUGAAAGGUAACAGGCUUGUGAUAAUUGAGUGGAACUUUUGUAGAGUAGCUAGUCGAUGCAUACAUGGUUAUAUGGUCGUUAUGUGAGUGGUGGGUGCUCAGGUAUAGAUUGCUAAUCAUGAGUGCGCCUACAGUGAGCAAGGUGAUUGUGUAGUGAUAGUGGAGGGAGGUCUCUGAGUGGUGGAGUCGCGGGCAGUGUGUGUUAGGCAGAGUGAAAGAUUGCAUGUUAAGUAGCCUAGCGUGCUAGCAAGACAGGCAGAGUACAUUUCAGUGUAGUGUUCUUCUGCUAUGUCGCCUGGUCCGGUGUCAUCUGCAGUGCUGCAUGGCAAGUGAGUCCUGUAUAGGGAAAGCGGUACUGGGUUGUCGGGACUUAAGCUAGCCCCCCCAGCUGUUCCUCCAGACCACCCUCUGGUGCCCCUGCGAUGGUCGCUGUUUGCGCUGUCAUCAGCCAGCUGCUGUGAUCCUGCAGGCAUCUGUGUGGGGCCAGGUGGGCUCUGUAGCGGCAUAUUGUGCCAUAAGGUAGUCUCUGGAGACGUAAAAUCCACCAUCUGAAGGUGCUAUCGCAGGUCUGAGGUGGCUGUUUAGUCAUGGCAGUAGAAGAGUUUCCCUUGUCCUGGUUGGGAGGCAUGCUGUUUCUUUGGGCGGGCUUGGUGUCUGUGUAAGCCGGGGGCUUGCUGUGUUCACCCGGCGAAGACUAGUAGAGGACUUACCGCUGGGCUGAUCUUGCGGUUGUAUGUUUGGGUGAGUGGUGCGGUUUCUCUCCCCUGGGGCUUCAUAGGGCAGGAGCUGCUGGUGUUGUGCCCCGCGCCAUCGCCAUCUUAGCAGGUUGGCCCGGGAGCAUCCUGCCUCGUGGUCUCCACACUUCCCGAGCCCUCCGAUAUGGGGACUGGGAUAUCCCCCCGAUUCCAAUGGGGGGAACGGGACCGGCAGGCAUUAGAUGAGGUCUGCUUGUGGUGUCCGGGUAGGGAGACAGGGCAGUGGCUAUCCACCCCGCUCCCUCCCGAGUGGGCCGCAGUCCCCGAAGUUUCGUACCCCCCUCUGGGGAUCCAAAACUUCCGAUCUCGGGUUCUGCUGCUUUGUCCGCAGCCGCGGGUACUUGCUUUGGGUUCCAUGCGGGUGUCAGAGUUGCAGUAUGAGGCCUGAUUUCUCCGGAGCCUCUCCUGCAUGCGACCGGUCAGCAUGGCGGUCCGGCCCCGCCCCCCAAAAACUGCAUGUUUUACAUUGCAGGGUUAAACAGUCUGGGGCACUGCAUCCAGACCACUUCAAUGAGAUUAAUUAGUCUGGUUUUCUAUAGUGUCUCUGUAAUACAUAAAUAUUUUGCAAAAUGCUGCACCAUAAGCCUGCCUCCUUAGCCAUGCCAGCUCAUGCCAGAAAGAGUGAGCUGCUCUUAAUGUACCUAUUUUAAUUUUAUCCUUUCCUUAAGACUCCCUGGGUGCCCUUUCCUAUUACAAGCUGCUUUAUAGUUUAGGUUACUCAGUGGCUGAACUGUGCGCUGACAUUUGAUAAGGUAAUCUUUUUUUUUGGUGUGAGGUGGUGUGACUUAAUAGCCAGGCUUAUGGUGCAGAAUUCUGCAAAACUUUUAAUUUUUUUUCAUUUUAUACAAAACUAUAAAGUUUUGAAGAUGCACACACAAAAAAAAACUACAGCAUAUUAAUUGGGCGAUAAUCUGUCAAAUGCAUUUGUCGUAUUGGUGCUCUGAGUGUACCCUUAAAAAAACCCUACACAACCUGUGGAAUAAAUAGCUGUCUUGAAGAACAUGGCUGAGGCGUCUCUUGAAGCAUUUAGAAAGUUCCAAGUUAAUGGCAGAUCUUUUUUUUUUAUUUUAAAAUGGCUAUGUUGCAUAAAUAAUACUGCCCAGCAAUAUGUCAAACUCCUGCUGCCUGAUGAGUCAAAUUAACAAGAAACAAGCCACCCGCACUCUGGUUUCACCUAAUGACCCAUCCACUCUCCCGGGAUGCAGUCCACUCGAACGGACACCACCAAUCCGUCCCAUUACCAAGAAGAACAGGCAGCACUGCAGGAUGCAAGUGAUCACAGUGUAACCUGAGUAGUGUGACAUCUUGGCUCCUUCGAGCCUUAAUCAUGCAUAAAAUAUGAAGGCAGUCAUGUAAUGUGUAUUUAUAGCAUUGGGCUAAAUAAUCACAUGGUAUUAAUCAAUUGGUAUAAAAGAAUGUGGUGUUAAGUGCCAAAAAAACAAACUGUGACAUGGAAUCAAAACAUUAAGCAAAGAGGAAAAAAACUGAUGUAAAUAAGUCAAGAAAUGAAGUGGUAUACAUAAGAACCACAAAUAAAUAAAAUGAAAACAAAAGUAUAUACAAAAUAAUAUAAAAUCUGCUAGCCUAAAUACAAAUAUAAGAAAAUUACGCCAUGUAUUCACAUAUAAUGGGACAUACACCUCCACAUCAGUCUUUUCCUCUUUGAUGUAUGUUUUGAUUCCAUGUCAUAUAUUGGCUUUCUGACACUUCACAGCACAUUUUCUUUUAUACCAAUUGAUUAAUAUUAUGUGAUUAAUUCGCCCGAUGCUAUAAAUAUACAGAUGGCUGUCUCCAGAUUUUUUAUGCAUGAUUUAAGGCUUCGAAGGAGCUGAAACGUCACAGUACUAAGGUAAACAUUAUGACCACUUACAUCUUUUAGUGCUGCCCGUUUUUAUGUUCUUCUUGAUGAGACAAAUUAAUAAUUCAUGACAGUGCUUAUUGGUUGUCUUUAUUGUAAUUACUUUCCGGCUGCAGCAUGUGAACAAAAUGUCUAGACAGAACUUACAGGUACUUCUCAACAGCAAAUAAAACUUAGAGCAGUACAGAAAAAUGCAUCGAAGAGGCUCUGUUCAUAGUACAUAUAAAAAAAUAUGGAAUUCAUUUUAAAAAGCUUUCCAAAUGAUGUAUCUCAAAAAAACUCCAACAGACUUAAAUGGUGACUCAUGUAGAUGAAUCAUUUGGAAAGUUGUGUUCUUUUUUUUUGUUUUUUUUUCUACUAGUAUUGAAUCAUUUAGAAAGCUUAGUAAAUCAAAGCCAUCGUUUGAAAAUAUGCUGUAUGACUUAACAUAUUAAAGGGGCUCUCUUUCCUCAAAACUACUGGGUUCAUCUAGACUUCAAGAGCAUAAAACAUUUUUGAAUGGUUGAUUCUGCAGUUGGUCCCUGGCGCGCCCAUUUAUGCUGGUUCUGGUCCUUGCCACAGCACACCUUCAUAUUUCACUGAUGGGGAAGCAGUGAUUGGCUUCCACUGAGAUUUACAUUAUGUUCUCCUAGGGACUCCUCACUUUAAUUAGGAUGCAGAUGCCUUGAGGGAAGAAAGUCCCUAUAAGCACAUGCAUAUUCCAAAACCGACAACCAGUAAUUCUUAAAGGAACACUAUGUCAUGAAUACAAACAUGCACUCCUGACGCUAUAGUUCUAAUAGUGCUAUUUAGGUGGCUGCCACCCUACACUGACCUUUUUUUCUUUUUCUCGGGGCCACGCCGGUUGUGGUUGGCUCCACCUCGCUCCACCUCUUUGGCUGAGAUUAUCAAAAUUGACUGUUUCUACCAGUCCAAUGCUCUCCCAUAUGAAAGCAGUGGGAAGUUAUUGCGCGAGCAAGGCAAAAUGUCUUGCUGCGUCAAUUAUUGUCUCCUCCAUGUAGGGCACUUAGACACUAAAUAUCAGUGCUGCACUUUGUACAGCACUGACCUAGGAAGCACCUCUGGUGGCAGUUUAAGUAAACACUGCCGUAUAGGGGCUUAGAUGUUAUUAUUUAAGCCACAAAGGAACUAUUUGUCAUAUUGGCGCUGGGUUUGUAUCUAGUUACAUUCUGCAUUGUACAUGUUUUAGUCUGUUAUGUUUGUUAUUCCCCACAUAGAAUGGGGAUGCAUGGUUUGUCCUCCCUUGUUCCUUUCUCUCCCUCUCUCUCUCCCUCUCCCUCCCUCCCUUAUUUUGUUUCUUUUGUAUCAUAUUUUCUGUUUAUUAUAUGUCCUUUCCUGUAUGUGUCUUGUUCUCCCCAAGGUUGUUUUGCGGGGGAGUUUUUUUUUUUCUUUUAUCAUUCACAUCAUUCCCAUUAUUAGUUUGUUGGCCAAACACUGAGGCAUACCUUCUUUGGAGUGUAUGUUUUUAUUAUUUGUUUCUUUUACGCUUUCAUCUUGAGUCAGUUCUUGGGAGAUUUUCUAAUGAUUGUUUUUUUUUUUCCAAAAGUUAUUAACCAGAAUUUUGCAAAUUAUAAGACAAAAUAGGUGAAUUAAAAGCUCCUUCAACUUAAAUAUUCUGACCUAAAAUGUGUAACCCAUGGCAAUUUAAAAAAUACAAACAACAAAAAAAUUAUGUAAAUUUGUUAUAGUUGUGAGGUAGUUUUUUUUUGUCUCGAGUAUGCACACAAGCAUGAUUUAUAUACUCUUCAAUAAAAGAAGUAAUAAAAUAGCAAGUGAACCAAGAGCUCAACAUUUCCACAAGCCCUUUGGCACAUAGAAAUUAAAGGGAUCCUAUAGUGCCAGGAAAACAGUCGUUUUAUAAACGUAUAGUUGUUUUCCUGGCACAAUAGGCCACGUGCGCAUUAGACGUCCCCCAUAGGAAAGCAUUAUUUCCUAUGGGGAAAAUCUGAAGCUAGAGGUCUGUGAGAACGUCCAGCGUCGGAUAACGGACCGGAAGCCCUCAUGGGUGUCUGUUAGACAGCCACAGAGGGCAGACUUAGAGCUCCAACUGUAAUGUCUUACAUUGCAGCACUAAGUGCAAAAGGGUCACAGCACCAGACCCCUUCAAACAGCUGAAGUGGUCUGGGUGCCUACAAUGUUCCUUUAAUUCCUGGUUGCCAACCCUCCAGGCUUGCAGUGGUUAAUAACUUUUGAAGGUAUAGCUAGGGGCUUAGGACUUGGAAUUUAAGGCCUGCUCUACACCAUUAUUGACUGCUCAAAGAAUGUGAGGCCUUCCAUGCGUUUCUGGAGAUUGAUAAGGUUCUGCAAGUAACACAAAAUGGAAGUAUGCAUGCAUGCUACAGAGAAUUAAACGAAUGCCAUUUUCUAAAAAGGCUUCUAUUUAAGUUUUCUUUUAUUUUUUACUACUUGAUUUGUUUGUUUUCAGGAGUGUCAUGGAGAAAUCUUUCAUGGAUUAUUAUGAUUUUUAUGAAGUGGUCUGCAAGGAUAGAUUUCACCUACAGGGACAAAAUAUGCAGGUAAGGUUUGUUUUGAUUUUUUUUUUUUUUUUUUUCCUUUCCAUUACUCCUUCAAUAACCUAGCAUAGACCAGAAAAGAUGGACGCCUGUAUCUUUAAAAUCACAGCAAGGAGUAACUGUUAAACCCUAUAUCAUUGGUUUCCAAACCAGUCAUCAAGACUCGCCUACCAGUCGAGAUUUUUAAGAUUACCUAGUUGUGUUAAAGGUGUUUAAAAAAACAAAAAAAAAAAUGUCUUAUUCUUCCAAAAACACCUUAUACACAACUGGGAAAUCUUUAAAUCCUGGACUGGUAGGUGUGCCCUGAGGACUGGUUUGGAAACCACUGGCCUAUAUGAUAGAGAAUGAGGCAAAUGUCAUGUGUUAAUAUUGUCACGGUUAUAUUUUCUUUCCCGAUUUAAAAUGCAUUGUAUUUUUCGAAACUGCUAACAGAUAUAAGCAUAUAGAAAUGCGAUAAUAUUGCCACGGGUAUUUGCAAAACAAAUGGAAAACCUGAAGCAAAGUAGCUGAUAUGGGAAAACAUGCCAACACUGUCAAGAUAUUAGAGAGGGGGGGAAAAAAAGCAAAGAUCCGUCUAUAGCGUUUCCCAUGCGGCUACAUACUUGCCCCAUGAUGCUCCUGGACUGCUCCUGCUUGCUUGUGUGUUUGAAGAUAAAUAAAGUGCAUUAAAGCUCGGGAAUUCUUUCCAUAAUACAGUGUACACACAGACACUUGCAAUAUUGUGGGGCAGACUCUAAAUUUCCACUAGUAAUUGUCAAGUGAAAAUGUAGCCCUGGCAAGUAGAAAUUUACCACAGGUAAGUGUGCCAUGGACCCUUCAGGCUAGUAGUGGCCAGUAAAAUGUGUGGUUAGAUUAAUUUAUAUGGUCCGCAAAUUAAUACAUGGGAAAAAAAAAUCCCAAAACCCCAAAGGAAAGCAACUCUGUAAGUGAAAGAUCCAGUUUACGGAUGUCACUAGCCAAUGACUAGCUUGUUUUUCUUUACAGAAGAAAACUAAUAGCAUAUAUUUUGCUAUUGGUGUGGUAAGGCACCCAUAUAAAUAGUAGUUUUUCUGCAUGCUAGACAUUUCAGGAUUUGAUUUGUUUUGUUUGUUCUUUUCAGGACCCGUUUGGUGAAAAACGUGGUCACUUUGACUAUCAGUCUCUGCUCAGCCGCCUGCAAACUAUUCAGCAGAAAGUGCGGGAGAAACACCAGCGGCAAGCAUUGGACAUAGACUCUGAUUCCAGUUCAUCUGAGACAGAAACAGACACACAGGGAAGCUCAAACCCUUAAAAAUCAUAGGAAUGUAAAUGUUUGGUUGGUGGCAGAGCCACAGACCGUAACGUUAUCCAAGUAUCAUGGACUGCUCUUGACAUGAAAAGACUUUGUGUAACACAGAGUAAGGUUGCUCUGGCUGCUGUUUAGAGGCAGAAACAAGUGAUAUCCUCUGCUCCCUAGACAUACAGAGGAGGGAGACAUCCUGUGGGGGAUUUAUAAUAGAGAGACAAGGAUCUCUGGUUCCUGGGCGUAUCACGAGGACAGCGCUUACAUUGUACGGAGAUACCUCCUUCAGUGAAUGGACAGUUAUUGGCAAGAGAAGCCAAAGAGUUUCAUUACGAGAACAGAGCUGUUCUCAGCCACGGCAUCUUCCCCAUACGUGACAUGCCAUUUUAAGUUUCAGAUCUGACAGAAGCCACUAUCUUUUUAAUUUACUUUCCCCACAAAAUGCACUUUCUUUUACCUACUGGGCUUUGUCUAUUUAGAUGGUACACAUGUUUGCUACAGGAAUAAAUCAAGACUUCUGCUUUAAUAUUUUUACUUCAUUCUUUUCAUAUAUAAUAUUUUUUUUUUUUGUAUAAACUUGUUAAUGUAUAGUUCUAAUUAUUUUUUGUUUUAUAAGAGGAAUGUUGGUGAAGCAUAGAGGUAAAGUAAAGUGUUGGACUUGCUGAAAACAUGUCUGGCUUCCUAGAUUAAGAUGUCUGCUAGUACUGAUGUUAAUCCACAUACAGCGUGUACAUUGUGUAGCUUAAUGCCCAGGUUCACAAGUUAUUUUUCAAGAAUGUGUAACUUGCUUUUCAAAAAUCCAUAUAUAUACUUUUUCACUAAAAACUAGUAGAUGUAACAUAGUCCACUGUAAAUAAUAAUGUUUAUAAAGAACCAGCAUAUCACAUUAUUUUGUUGGUAUACAAAUCAUGCAAGUACUGCAGCUCAGUGCCAAUGGUGGUUAUGUGGAUUAUCACUUUAAAAUACAAAAG